AUGUCGGCGGCUGCGAGGGAAGCGGCCAUAACCAUGGCGCUGACCCCUACUGUGGAAGGGCAGGACCCCGUUUGGAAGCUGGGCGUCAGGGUGUAUCCUCAUUUGUCGGUGGCUAAAAGUUAUCGGCAAAUGAUGCUACUGAUCCACCCCGACAAGAACGACAGCAGCACCCGGAGCAGCGAGGCCACCAAGGUGCUCUUGGCCGUUUGGGAGAAGUUCGUGUCAUGGAAUCCGGCCCUGCGGAAAAGUUCGGCGAAGCUCUGUCGUCUGCGCGCCAUGAAUAGCUUCGAGAAGGAUCUUCGUGAUGCCCUGCAGAAGGCGGGCCCGGGCCUUUUUGAACGACCCGUUCGCCCUGCUUGGGCGUUUGACGCAUUUGAUGGGUUUGAUGCCCCCCGCCAGGCUCCUGCUGGCUCAUCGUCUUCGAGCGCUCCGCCGGCAUCGCACCACGAGGCCGGCGCCCUUCUUUUACCGGAUUUGUCGACGGGUUGCACCUCGCAGGACACUGGCUUCAUGGACCACGAGGCGCGGUUCUGCGCCUGGAACCGGGACCCCGACAUGCACGGCGAGAGCCCCUUCGGCUCGGCCCCGGCGGACUUGCACUUCGAAGGCUGCUGGCUUCGUUGGGAGGCCGUGUCCGUGGCGGGGCUUGAUCGCGCGCUGGCCUUGGACGGCACGAGGCGUGCGGAUGCCUUCGACAUGUUUGAGGAGCUCUACUGGCUUCGACAGAGGGCCGUCAGGAUCCGCGGCAAGGUGGGCUACGUGCCGGUGCUCGAACGGGAGGGUCAAGGCCCGCCCGGCCUCCGGCCCCGCAUCUACUCCGGCAUCGGCAAGCUCCCGGCGCUUCCCGAGCAAGACGGCAAGCGCAAGAAGAACCAGGACGAGCUGGAGGCGGCGGUCGCGAAGAGAGACGAGGCGAUCUCCAAGCUCCCGAAGGAGCUGCAGCGCGAGCUUGCAGCACAUGUUCCGGAGCACUUCGUUGGGCGAAGCGCUUUCAGCUGCGGCAGGCUCACUCGGUGCAUGGCCCGCCAAGGCCUCGACGCCCUCGAAAUCGACGUCGUCAACAGCUUUUACCAAUGGCUGGCGAAAGUCGUCAUGGUGGGCGAGGACUGCCCAUUCCUUUCGAGUUACGUCCAGGACCGGGAGAGCUGGUUAGCACAGCUCGAAGAGGGGUUUCGAGCGUGCCCGGACUGCCCGAAGCCGGUGCCCCGCUGCGACCUGAAGCGGUUGCUGAUCAGCAUAGGCUUCGGCGGCAGCUUUGCCAACUGGAGCUCUCGCACCCUGAGCGCGGUCUUCGAUGAGACGGACAUCCCGGAGGUGGCCCGGAUCCAUGGCUUGGAGGGCGAGGUUCGCCGAGCGCAUCGGCUCAUCUGGCGCAACCUGCCCGAGGAGAGCCGUGCUUGGUUGGAAGGGGGCAGUGGGGGCCGCGUCGCUUUCUUUGCCUACGCGGACUGGGAGCGCAAGGUCCUGCAGAGCAUGGCGGCCGCUGCCGGCGCAUCCUUGCUGGCCUUGGAGCACGAUGGCGUGUGCGCUCUUUCGGAGGCCAAGGACCGUGUCUUGCAGGCUGCGGCUGAUCUCGGAGUUCGGGUGGCCGCCAAGCCGGUCCCGAAUGCCGUCGAGUGUGCUGCCGCUGAACAUCCCGACUUCGACUGGAAGCUCGAGGCGAAGCUGCCCUACGGCGACUACCAGAAGCUCCGGCAGCGCUGCAAGGACAACGUGCGCCGAGGCCGAGCUCGGCCCAACAACGGCGACUUCGCCGACCUCCUCGUGGCCAUGCUGGAGCCGAUCAUCUACGUGCCGAACCAGCCGCACGAGAAGACGGACACCUACGAGUACUUUGGGCCGGACUGCGUGUGGGUGGAGGCCAAGAAGGAGCACUUGGGCUACUUGAGUCGGAGCUGUUUGAAGCGGCUCUACGGCAACCGGGAGACCCCGCCCGAGCCCUUGAACGACCUGGGCUUCGCGAACUCCUUGACCCAGGCGGUGCUGGCUGGCCUGAGCGGCCGUCUGCAGAAGCCAUUGAACGGCGACCACAGUCGUGGCAAGAUACUGCUCGCCGACGGCAUCAUUGCAGACUUCGAGACCGGCGAAAUUCGGCGGGCCCUCCCCCGCGACAGGAUGAGCCUGAAAGCGGCUGCCACGUCGAAAAAGUGGAAGCCUCCGAUCGACACUGCCUUCUUCGAGCACGUCGAGGCCUUCCUGGAGACGGGCGCCAGCGAGCUGGAGGAGAACGAGGAGGGCCGUCGGGUGAUCGCGGACCUGGAGUCUCUCCAUCAGCACAGUGGCUGGCUCAGGAUGCUCAAGAACUACGGCAGCUGGGACCAAGUCCUUUACCUGCUACGCCUGCACUCCCGGGCCCUCAGUGGGUAUGCCCGCAUCUGCGAGCUGCUGUGGAUGUACGGCUGCGGCAGCAGCGGCAAGGAUGUCAUCUACCUCCCCCUGAUGACGUUCCUGGGGCACGAGAGCUUCAACUACGGGGCGAUCCUCCCGGGCCAAUUCGUGACGGCUUGCCGGGCUGCCGAGGCCCACGCGGCGACGCCCUUCCAGGAUCAGCUCCAGGGCAAGAGGGGGGUCUGGGCUUCCGAGAUCCCGGCCCACGACAACCUCAACGAGGGGUUUUUGAAGGGCUACUGCGAGCAAGAAGGUGCUCCGAUCGCAGGCAGGGCCUUGAAUCGCGGCCCGCGCAGCUGGCGCCCCCAGGGCCUUCUUUUCUGCACUUCGAACCACGCGCCCCGCGUGCAGGACUCCGAGGACGAUGGAUGGACCCGAAGGGCAAGAGUCUGGGAGACACAGCAUCGCUUCGUCGCGAACCCAACGGGCCCUUGCGAGAGAAAGGGGGACGACACUCUGAAGGGCCGGAUCCAGAGCGGCGCGUUCAACAGCGAGCUCCUCUACUUCGCCAUGGGCCUCUACGGCAGCCUCAAGGAGCGCUACAACCCUGGCACGAUGUUGCUGCCCAUGCCCGUCGAGAUGCGCGACAUCCAGGCCGAGCUUGCCAGAUCCAACCCACAGCGGACCGCAUCGGACUUCGUCGAGAGCUGCUGCGAGAUCGUCCAGGUGUACCAAGAAGGCACCCCGUGGUCCACCAUCAAGGAGGUCUGCCGCGAGUUCCUGGGCUAUGGGCCGAGUGAGACGUCCAAGGUGAACAUGGCGUUGACCCGGGCCAACAUCAAGCGACAUGCGGCCUGCAGCAAGAACAUCGCCCUCGGUCCCCGCGGAGCUCUCCGCCUGAAGCCAGAGUUCGCAACCCGGGAUCCGUUCGCUCCCAUUCUGUAG